AUGGCUGCCCUGUUGCAGCAACGUACUCAGCACUUAAACAGCAGACGAGCUAGCAAAACCAAGCACUUCAAUUCCACUUACGCUAACACGGAAGGGACUAAGUAUGCCGCUCACCAUCAGAAUCAAACUCAGCUGACCAAUUUACUAUGGCAUUUCGUUACACUGACCGAUUCAAUUGUAUCUGUGGAGACGUCGCUGCACAGUAUUUUGUCUUUUAUUAAGAUACUGGUUUUUCUUCGCUAUGCCCGCCGUCACAAGCAACUGGUAAACGAUUUGGAGGCGCUGGCGAUGGAGGGCCAUACACAGGAACGUUUCAUAUGGUAUCUGAAGAGUCGAGUUGCUUUUCGUGUGACGAAGUAUUAUCUCUUUGCCAAUGCCUCAACUGUGUUUUACUACUGGGUGCGACCACUUUUCGAUAUGUUGAUUAAUUAUAUAAAAGGCGCAUCUUUUCAGCCGCUAUUGCCGUAUGAGGGCACCUUCCCAUACGAUCCAACCAAACUCGUAUACUACAUUUCAACGUACAUUAUAACUAUUAUUGGCGUGCUAUUCGUCACAGUGCCAGCCAUUACCAUGGAUAACCUUUACUUUUGGUACAUCCAAGCCAUAACUGCGCACUAUCGUAUUCUUCACUUGAAAGUAUUGGCUAUGGCUACUACUGCGGCAAACGGCGACAAUUCUUUUAAGGAGUUUCACCAUAGACUGGCCUUACUUUCGCAGUAUCAUCGCUCAAUUACUGCCUUCAUUCUGGAGUGCAAUACGAUUCUCGGUCCAAUGCUCUUCGCAAACAUGGGAAUAGACUGUUUUCUAACAUGCGUAUUGAUAUAUUCCUUCGGUAGCUUACCCAAUCUGGAAUAUGUGCCCAUUUACAGUUUGCUUGCAGUGGCAAAUGGCUUUCAGAUUUUCAUGUAUUGCUAUGGUGGCGCCAAAUUGCAAAGUGAGGGCAAUGAUCUUUGUGAUUUCUUGUAUUUGACACUGCCUUGGGACGCCAUGUCUCCGCGCAUGAGACGCCUCCUCAUUUUGCCUUUAAUGCGCACACAACGGAUGAACAAAUUAACCGCUUAUUUUUUCACACUGGAUUACGGUUUGUUUGUAUGGGUGUUACGCACGGCUUUCUCAUUUGCAACUGUCCUAUUUACUGUUACUGGAUCCAAAACUCCGAUUUAA